AGCGGGCGGCUUCCCCCGCGACGUGGGCGGCGGGGCCAUCCGCGCGCGAUGCCCUCACGAGUCACGUCACGUGCAUGCCUGCCCGACUAGCCAAGUGGCCCGAGUAGUUUACUUCCCGCACCGCAGGCCCGCAGCCGCAGCAGUACCCGCGCGGGCCCACUCCCCCUCUCACCGGUUCCACGCCCAGCGCCAGCGCCAGCGCGGGCGCGGCUAUAAAUGGCGAGCCCCAGCAGCCCCGAGACCCCGUGCCACACAUCCAUCCCCGUUCGCCUCUUCUCCUCCCUCCUGCCGGGUCCUUAAUAAAGAGCAGCAGCGCAAGGUGAGCCGCCAGCUUGCCCCAGGUUGGUAGAGCGAGCGAGAAGAAGGCAAUGGCGGCGGAGAGCUUCCUGUUCACCUCGGAGUCCGUGAACGAGGGGCACCCAGACAAGCUGUGCGACCAGGUGUCGGACGCGGUGCUGGACGCCUGCCUGGCGCAGGACCCCGACAGCAAGGUGGCCUGCGAGACCUGCACCAAGACGAACAUGGUGAUGGUGUUCGGCGAGAUCACCACCAAGGCGAGCGUGGACUACGAGAAGAUCGUGCGCGACACCUGCCGCGAGAUCGGGUUCACCUCCGACGACGUGGGGCUCGACGCCGACCGCUGCAAGGUGCUGGUGAACAUCGAGCAGCAGUCCCCCGACAUCGCGCAGGGCGUGCACGGGCACUUCACGAAGCGGCCCGAGGAGAUCGGCGCCGGCGACCAGGGCCACAUGUUCGGGUACGCCACCGACGAGACCCCCGAGCUGAUGCCGCUGAGCCACGUGCUGGCCACCAAGCUCGGCGCGCGCCUGACGGAGGUCCGCAAGGACGGCACCUGCGCCUGGCUCAGGCCCGACGGCAAGACCCAGGUGACGGUGGAGUACGUGAACGAGGGCGGCGCCAUGGUGCCCGUCCGCGUGCACACCGUGCUCAUCUCCACCCAGCACGACGAGACCGUCACCAACGACGAGAUCGCCGCCGACCUCAAGGAGCACGUCAUCAAGCCCGUCAUCCCGGAGAGGUACCUGGACGAGAAGACCAUCUUCCACCUCAACCCGUCGGGGCGCUUCGUCAUCGGCGGGCCCCACGGGGACGCCGGCCUCACCGGCCGCAAGAUCAUCAUCGACACCUACGGCGGCUGGGGAGCCCACGGCGGGGGCGCCUUCUCCGGCAAGGACCCCACCAAGGUGGACCGCAGCGGGGCCUACGUCGCCAGGCAGGCCGCCAAGAGCAUCGUGGCCAGCGGCCUCGCCCGCCGCUGCCUCGUGCAGGUGUCCUACGCCAUCGGCGUGCCGGAGCCCCUGUCCGUGUUCGUCGACUCCUACGGCACCGGGACCAUCCCCGACAAGGAGAUCCUAAAGAUCGUCAAGGAGAACUUCGACUUCAGGCCAGGGAUGAUCACCAUCAACCUCGACCUCAAGAAGGGCGGCAACAGGUUCAUCAAGACCGCCGCAUACGGCCACUUUGGCCGUGACGACGCCGACUUCACCUGGGAGGUGGUCAAGCCCCUAAAGAAGGCAUCCGCUUAAGAAUGUAUUGGGAAGUUCACUGGACAUGAGGUUCAUCUUCGUCUGGCUCUGCUGAUACCUGCAAGGAUUGCUGCUGCUGCUGCCGCCCCUGGAUGUGUGUUUGAUCAGUGACUGGCUGCUCUGCUCCAUAGAAGAUGAAUGAAGAGAGAGAUGGUGAAGAAGGCUUUGGCAAAUGGCAAUUGCCGCAGCAAGCCAUGUCGGCGCCACUGACCGGCUUAGUGAUUGGUAUAAUUUGGUGUGGCAGCAGCCAGGAUUAAUGCGCUGGUCUUUUAUCUUUACUACUAGUUUGGUCUCGUCCGGUAUCUUAUUUUUCUUUCCCCUUUUCGAGUCUGUACUGAAACUGCUGAGAGAUUUGCAGUUUUGAUCUAUCAUAUCCUUUGGUAAUACUGUU